GGACAGAGUGGCCAGAUAAAAGAGCAAGUCCUGGAGAGCUGGUUGCAUCUGGAGGGAGUCUGCUGUUGAGCCAGCAUCAUGGCGAGACCCGUGGCCUGGGCUGGUUUGAUAGUUCUGCUGACGAUCCAAGGCGUCUCUGCUUCAAAACUGAUCUGCUACUUCACCAACUGGGCCCAGUACAGAGGGGGUGCGGCUCGCUUUCUGCCCAAGGAUGUGGACCCCAACCUGUGCACCCACAUCAUCUAUGCCUUUGCUGGCAUGGACAACCACCAGGUCAGCGUCAUCGAGUGGAAUGACGAGACUCUCUACAAGGACUUCAAUGGAAUGAAGAAGAUGAACCCCAAGCUGAAGACCCUGCUGGCCAUUGGGGGUUGGAGCUUUGGCACUCAGAAGUUCACGAAUAUGGUGGCUACAGCCAACAACCGUCAGACCUUUAUCAACUCGGUCGUCAAGUUUCUGCGCAAAUAUGACUUUGAUGGCCUUGACCUUGACUGGGAAUACCCAGGAAGCCGGGGAAGCCCCGCCUCAGACAAGCAGCACUUCACAGUGCUGGUGCAGGAGCUGGGCCACACCUUCCAGCAGGAAGCCCAGAGCUCAGGGAAGCAGCGGCUCCUCCUGAGUGCAGCUGUCCCUGCAGGGCGAGUCUUUGUGGACGCCGGAUACGAGGUGGACAAAAUUGCUCAGAACCUGGAUUUUAUCAACCUCAUGGCCUAUGACUUCCACGGCUCUUGGGACAAGAUCACAGGGCAUAACAGCCCUCUCUACAGGAGGCAGGGAGAGAGCAGUGUGGAACACAACGUGGACUUUGCCGUGCGAUACCGGCUGCAGAUGGGGGCCCCUGCCCACAAACUGAUCCUCGGCAUGCCCACCUACGGACGGACUUUUACCCUGGCUUCCUCAUCAAACACUGGAGUGGGAGCCCCAGCCACAGGGCCUGGGACACCCGGCCCCUUCACCAAGGAUGGAGGAGUGCUGGCUUACUACGAGGUCUGCUCCUGGAAGGUGGCCACCAAACUCAGGAUCCAGGACCAGAAGGUGCCCUACGCCUUCCAGGGCAACCAGUGGGUGGGUUUCGAUGAUGUGGAAAGCUUCAAAACUAAGGUCAGCUAUCUGAAGCAGAAGGGCCUGGGUGGGGCCAUGGUCUGGACACUGGACUUGGACGACUUCACAGGCUCCUUCUGCAACCAGGGCCCACACCCACUUAUCCAGACGCUGAGGCAGGAACUGAGCCUCCCAUACGUGCCUUCAGGCCCCACGGAGCCUGAAGUUCCCACACCAGACCAGCCCUCUAAACCUGAGAGUGGGCCCAGCCCUGGAGAAGACGCCUUCUGCCAGGGCAAAGCUGAUGGCCUCUACCCCGCCCCUCAGGAGCGGUCCAGCUACUACAGCUGUGCGGGCAGGCGGCUGUUCCUGCAGAACUGCCCAGCAGGCCUGGUGUUCAGCCCCUCCUGCCAAUGCUGUACCUGGAAUUGAGUCCCAGACCUCUUCAGCCCCAGCCCCGAGGCCAGGGCCCAGGACCCCGCUACAGUCUGUCCCACCAGCUUUCCCUGGGAGCUGUUAUCUAACUCCUGCAGGCCUCUCCGCGGUCUUCCCGAUUAGGCUUUCUGCUCAGCCCGGGGAUCCUCUUUUCCAGGUCUCCUGGGCUGCCUCUCUCACUUGCAAAAUAAACCUCUUGGUUUGCACCGCC